AUACCAUCCCUUCAAGCCUAUCAGCAUCACCAUCCGAGUUUGACCCAGGUGGUUACUAUACUUUGUGCACCAAUUACCUUUGCUUGAGCACUCUUUACAGAGUUAAAAAAUCGUGUUCCGGAACCACGUCAAUCCAACACCACUGACCUUAUAAUAAAGUUUCGAAAUGAUCUCCAAAAUUUUCCUUGCCUACAUUUUGAUGGCUCUUGGUGCAGUCCCAGCUUCCUUGGUAGUGGCGAACCACACCGCUGCCGCUGAUACUGAAGUUCCGGGAACCCUUGCCCAUUCAACCAAUGCCACAUCAUCCCCAAACGUCCCGAAUGCUGCCCAUGCGGCCACGUCUCCAACUUCUACGACAAGCGAAAAUACGCCCGCGAGUUCGCGACACUCUCCCGAAGGAGAGACUACCAACGGCGUAACUUCAGUUGCUUCUGAUCAUGCCGCAGAACAUCAUGCGGAAUUGCCACCCAGUACGAUUUGCCAUUCGAAACACAAAUCCCAUGGCGUCGAAUCUCAUCAUUGUCGCAAGGCCUUGGACAAAGUCGCUUUUGCAGCGAACCAAACGCUUGAUAAGUUUUCGGGUCUUAUUUUUGCAAAUUACAAGACGUGUAAUGUUCAUAUCCACAAGCCCAUGAAUGCAACUCUACAAAAGGCCCAACUGAGCUUGAUGGUUGAAACUCUGACGACUGCCUGCCACUCCGUGGGAGGUGUGCUUUCACAAUCUUCGAAGUUUGCCAUGCGAAUUGAGCGCAGCACAAAAGAAAACGUGCACGAAGUCAACAAGUCGAUUUGCAAGAAAGAGAAAUGCCCCCUGACCCAAAGUGAUUGCUUGAGCGCUUUCUACCAACUUCCUACAAAUGCCAAGGGUGUCUUCGUGAAUGGAAAGGGAAAGAACCCGUUUGCUCGUGUGACCAGCGGAAACUGUACAGUCACCGCGUCGACUACCGAUCUGUCUGCUUUCACCAUUCCCCGUCAAUUUGUCUUGCCUACCAUGAAGAAGCUCCUCAACGAGUGUGAUGAACACCCCGGCAAGAUUUACUUCGGCGGCGGCACGAAAGGCUACAACGGUGAUAUCUGGCUCUCGGCUCGUCCAGCCAACAAGGACCUCUGCAAUUAGUCUCCUUCCGAAAACCAUCCUUCUUUUUUUUUUUUUUUGGAUGGCCCAAAUGUAGCUAGCUGAUUCUGCAGUUCUGUGCCAGCGGAAAAACCAUGUUCUUCAGUGUUCUCUUCUUCAGCUUCACGAUUUUCUCUAUUUUUAUUUCAAACAUCCAUGAUAUAUCUCCAACUUCAUUCUCAAACUUUGCCCUAAACGAUAACAUGUCCAACCACAUAGAUUACCCCGCAAUGAAUCUGCUGAACAUCGUUUUUUUUUAUCUAUUUCACUCUUAUAUAUUUGUAUCGUACACUCAAGAAAUCCAAAAUUUAUUAUC